CUCACGGACGCAUACUUCCGGCUUAGCGACGAAUCCACCGCUAUAGAGCAGGAAAGAUUUCGUGAUGAGUCACUGCUUUGAACGUGGCGAGUGCCAGGCAUGGUCUGACGGAAAUACCGAGCUGGGGAAGUUAUAAGCCGCCGAUGUUCCAUGUAUUUUACCCAAGUUCAAGUAUCUGACUGUUGUUGCAAUCCUCUCUCCCUCCAAUUGCCCAUAUAGUCAAGCUUUUUGUCAUGGCCUCAACCGUCUAUCUCAUCUCAGGCGCGAACAGGGGUCUUGGUCUUGCUCUAGUGACGGAACUUAUCUCUCGCCCCGAGACGGUCGUUUUCGCUGGGGCUCGCUCCAUGUCCUCUGCGAGCGACUUGCAAGCCCUCGCAACCAAAUACCCGGAGAAAGUACACCUUGUCGAGCUCACCUCAGCUGAUGAAGAGAAUAACGCCGCUGCCAUCGCUAAGGUGAAGGAGGUCGCGGGUAAGCUGGAUGUGGUGAUUUCGAAUGCGGGAAUCAGCGGGGCGCUCUGUGCUACUGCUGAAGUACCGCUGGAGGGCAUGCGGGAGCACUUCGAGAUAAAUGUGCUAGGGCCGCUUGCGCUAUUCAAAGCAUGCUAUCCUCUUCUGCGUACCAGCACCGAAGACCCCAAAUUCGCCGUCAUAUCUUCCAUCGUUGGGAGCACUGAGCUUGGUACGGUGAGGCCAUGGCCAUCUGCAGCUUACGGCACCAGCAAAGCUGCUGUGAAUUGGUUGACUAGGAAGCUGGAAUACGAGUAUCCCGGGCUGGUAACAAUCCCUAUUCAUCCUGGCGCGGUCGACACGGACAUGUCAGCCCACUCUGCCUCGGUCGUCGCGCAGUACGCCAAAAUUCCGCUUAUCAGCCCUCAGGAGAGCGCACAAUGCGUACUUAGAGUUGUUGAUAGUGCGAUGCGUACUGAGCAGGGGCCGAGGUUCAUGUCGUACAAUGGCACGGUGCUGCCCUGGUGA